UAGAGAGGGCAGAGUGCCAUCAAAGGUGAUUACAGAGAAAGUAAAGUUAUUUUAUGCCAGGCAAAACAAAAUGCUGGGUAUCUCAUAGUGUUUCAGAACCUGAUUUCAAAAGGAUCAUACAGCUAGAAAAUAAAAUUUAGCAUGGUGGACCGUUCUACAGGAUAUAUUUGUCAAUGGAAUUUUUCCAUAAUCAUACUACUAACAUGAGAAAAAAAUGAUUGUUAUUGAUUUGAAAUUUGACAAAAUUCCAAAGGCUACCUUUUCUCUUCUCAUUUUAGAGAGCUCUUCUGGCCAAACAAAUCCUUCCCGGCAGCUUUGUCCCUUCAAUAUGAUGUGUGCACCCGAAGUGCCUGACCUGCUACAGAAGAUCCGGCUACUUCUAAGCUGGAACCCCAGCUACUAAUAUAAUGUGUGAACAACAGAAAUAGAGGAACAUGGUACAAAAGAACAGGAAGACUUGCAAAGGAGUGUACUAAUACACUGAAGAAUGGAUAAGGUUAACUGGAAGAUUUACGAGGUCUGAGUUGAAAUUUAAAAAGGGGAAGGAAUGCAGUCUGACAGAAUGUGUGUUUCCUGUACAUACAAGAGAGUUCAGGAAAUAUUUCCUGAGUGACAGAAUGCAAGAAGCUACAGGAAGAUCAGAUUAACUGGAACAGAAAGUUUUUGCGUACAAGCAUUUUUCUAAUCUUUACAAUCUCAUUUUAGAGACAAGGAAAUUGAGAAUCUAAGUUUACUUACAAUUACACAGCUAAUAAGAUCCUGAACUCACGGCCGUGUUUGUCUGGCUUUGGAGCAUAGAAUUAUUUUAACAUACGCAAUCACCUGUCAAGAGCUGUGGGAACUCUCUAAACUCUAGAGCAUCUCGAAAUUACUUUACCUUUGUCAUGCGUCUGACCUCAGUACAUGUUGCAUACUAAGCCUGUUCUACCUUUGCCAAACAAUUCCAACAAAGUUCUUAAAAAUAUAAGAUAACUUGUAAAUAGACAUGAAUUUUAGUUUUUACAGAAAUCACUAAUGUGUGCACAUAGGUCUGAUUCAUCAAGGGAGCAGACAAUGACAUACAAAAAAUAGUGUUAAAUACAGUAGGGAGGGAGAAAUCAUGGCCCAGCAGAAGCCAGGGAUGACUCGUCUUAUUGACACAUGACGGAAAGAACGUCUUCACCAGCCUCCUACUUAGAAGAGAAGCGGGGAGCCAUUGGAUAAUCUGCAUUUUAGAGGUGAUUACAGAGAUAAAGAAUCUUAAAAUUUAAUUCAUGGUCCAAUUAUGCACAGGGUCAGUUAUGAAUAACCAAUCAAUGUAAAAGAUUUUUUAGCCUCAAUUAUUUCAGUGUUAAUCAUCUUUGGUCAGAUUUAUCUUUCUAACAAAGCAUCUUAUUUUCAUCACACUAUUAUUCAAAGACCUCAGUGAAUAUUGCUACAACAGGAUAGAGCCCAACAUUUAAGACCAUCCAGAAUCUGUCUGCACACACAGUUAACCUUAUAAUCAACUCUCUCUUUUGCUUAAAUUGAUUUAAAUCUAUAUUUGCAAUCACAAGAGUCCUAAAUUUUUUUUUUCCUAUAGAUAUACUUAGCUACUUGUCCCUUGCUCCUCCUUAUGGGAGAGACCCAUAUAGAAAAUGAAAUCCAUCAGACCACAGAACCCCCAAAUUCUUAUCCCCAAACCUGCAAAUAUACUUAGAUCUAGACCUAUUCCAGUUACAAAAAAACAGCUAUUUCUUCCUCUAUUUUCACUUCCAAUUUUCUAUCCCCCAAUCUGAAUUCUAGUCCCUUAAAACAAAAAUUUUUUUUUCAGAAACCUAAUGUCUAUUGAUUUUCCUCCUUUCUCCUAAGUCUACAACUCCUUUCCAUGGACACUAUUUGCCAAUCUGAGGGCAGGUCACUUACACUGUAGAUUUUGUGAACCAGAUUCUUAGAGAUGUGCAGGCCAGAACAGCCAGAGAGCACAGUCCUGCCUCUUGGUCUCUGUUAUAUUGUUUGUUCCAUGGCUUUCAUUAGAUGGGGAGGAAGGAAGGGUGAGAGGGAGGGAAGAAACAGGAAUGGAGAGAGGGAAAAGGAGAGAAAGAAAGUACAAGUAGCCCUAUAUUUGUCCUGGUCUCUAUUUCCUCUUGUUUUCUUCCCUUUUGCUUCUGCCCUCCCUGUUUGCCAAAACCCCUCUCACCAGGGCUCUUGAUGACCUUCUUGUUAGCAAAUCUGAUGGAUAUUUGCUAGCCCCUUGUCCUCUCUCUCUCUCUUUUUUUGAGAGAGUGUUCACAUGUGCAUGGAACAGGCAUAGGAGUGAAGGGAGGGGCAAAGGGAGAGGGAGAGAGAGAAUCUAAAGCAGACUUCAUGCCCAGCAUGGCAGGGUUCGAUCUUAGGACCCUGAGAUCAUGACCUGAACCAAAAUCAAGAGUAGGAUGCUUAACCAACUGAGCCACCCAUUCUUUUUUCCUUCAUCUCUUCCCAGCUCUUAACACUCAACUGACUAGUCUUUGCUUUUUGAUAACUCAUUCCUUGGUUUCUGUUUAUACUCUGAAGCCUUCUUCAGGCUUCACUUUCUCAGUGUGUUUCUGAGUCAUCUGUCCUGGGCCAUCUACUUUUCUUAGUUCAUAUUCUCUUCCUGGACCAUCUUAUCUUUUCUUUUGGUUUCUCCUAUGUGUUUUAUAAAAACUGCCACCUUUAUUUUGAGUUCAAAUCUUUUAUCUGAACUUGUUUCCUUUAUUUCUCCCACCUUCCACAUCCAAUACAUCAAGUUCUCCACCACGUCUAAAAUCUGUCCCCCUCCCUUCACCUCUCCUGCCACCUUCCUAAUCUAACCCUGUAAGACCCUCACCUACAUUCCCGUAGGCAAUCUCCUAACUAGUCUUCCAGAUUCCACCCUUGCAUCAUUACAAUCAAUUCUACUCACAAAACCCAUCUCAUAUGUUAGCAUGUCACAUUCAUAUUUUAAAAUCUUUAAUAAUUUUCCAGCUCCUUCCUAUGAAAUUGAUGGUGUGUAUGGCCCAACAUGCUUAGCUUUUACAGGUCUUCCAACUUCAUCUCUCAUCACUUUCUUGCUGCAAUGAACAUUUUGGAACAUGAUUAUUGAUCCAAUCUUAGUUCUCUAGCCCAUUCUCUCAGCUCUCUCCCUGCCAUAUUCUAGAUUCAUGAGAAGACUACAUUCCUUUCAUUUCCUCAAUUAGGACAUGAACCAUUGCCCAAGCUGCCCUGUCCUCUUCACUCAGCACAUUCCUGCAUGUCCUGUGGGUUCCAGCUCAGCUAUUACUAUACUGGGACGCUGUCUCUAACCACCCCCAAGUCUGGCUAGGUUCUUCUGCUAUGUAUACUCAUGGCCCACUGGACUUCCUAUCUCAAAGUCCCCAUCAGAGAGACUUCAACUGCUUGCCAGUGAAGAUAGGAAGAGGAAAAGACAGGAUCCGCAUGGAACACUGGCAGCAAGAACUUGGCACAUAACAAGUGUUCAACAGAUGUUUUGAAUGAAUCAGUGAAGACUAAUAUGAAAACUCACUGUUAUCCUUAAUAGUUCAUUGUGUGUAAGUGUGCAUACAUAUUUAGAAAAUAUUUCCAUCUCUCAUUAUAAAUUGUAGAUUUAAGUACUCUUAAUUUUUUGAGUUGUUUUCUCAAUGUUCUGAGUUUAAAACCCUCUAUAACAUACACUGCUAUAUAAAGCCUGGGCUGAGUAAACUGUACCUAAAUUUUAAAGCCAAGGUUAUGCUGCCAACAAUGGAGAAAACGAGGUAAGCAAUCCCCUUCUCAGAAUUCACCCUUAAGGAAUCUUAUUUUUUUACUUAGCUAUAUACACUAUUUUGGCUAAUUACAAAGAAGUAAAUUCUUGUGCAAUAUAUUGAGAGAUCUUUCUAAAACUAAGAAUUACCCAAAAAAGGGGAGACUCAGAAGUUGAAUUCAUUGUUGGUGGGCACUAAAUGGGAAGAUCUUUCUCAGUAAGCUGUAUUUUUUUUAAAACAUGAUUGGGAUGAAUAAGUGGCCCAGGUGGGUUCUAAAGUCACAACUCGAAGUACCUGUAUUUCUAAAAAAAUAUUUAUAAGAUGAGUUAUUUUAUUCUCAUCUCUCCUCCCCACCUCCACCAGUGAUUGUAUCCCAUUAAUUUCAAAAACUGAUGCUUAUUUUUUCAUGAUUUAUAAUUUUGUGUGUUCCUGAGACAUUGACUCUAGCAUAUAAUUAUUUUAAAUGACUAAAUUAUACUAAGUACAUUUUGUAUUGCUUUAGAAAAAUGAGCAGUUGGAAUUGUUGGAUUUGCAAGAUGUGCAGAGAUGAAUCUAAGAGGCUUCCUUCAAACAUUACUUUGGAGGAAGUAUUACAGUGGGGCCAGUCUUUUGAAAAGCUGAUGGCUACAAAAUAUGGUCCAGUAGUCUAUACAGCAUACUUAAAAAUGGAGCACAGUGAUGAGAAUAUUAAAUUCUGGAUGGCCUGUGAAACCUAUAAGAAAACUGCCUCACGGUGGAGCAGAAUUUCUAGGGCAAAAAAACUUUAUAAGAUUUACAUCCAGCCACAGUCCCCUAGAGAGAUUAACAUUGACAGUUCAACAAGAGAAACUAUCUUCAGGAAUAUUCAAGAACCCACUCAAACGUGUUUUGAAGAGGCUCAAAGGAUAGUGUAUAUGCACAUGGAAAGGGAUUCCUAUCCCAGAUUUCUAAAGUCAGAAAUGUACCAGAGACUUUUGAAGACUAUUCCGUCCAACAACAAUUCCUAACUAUCACUCAAAAGUAUAAAUUGAAAAUGGUGUAUUGAAAGUGCUGGCUUUGUUUCUUUAAUUAACACAUACACACACACACACACACACACACACACACCAUCACACACUUACAAUCAGAAAUAGAAGAGGAAUGAAAUAGAAGAAAUCAAAUUGCAUAUUAAUUUCUUCUCAUUCUCAAAGAAAAACAGAUCCCCAAAGGGAUGGACUCUUGAACAGUUAUAACAUGAAAAACACAGUUUAUGGCUUGCCUAUGUAGCUCAUGUAACAUAUAGGAAAAAUGAAGGCCUUCAUAACACCAAUAUUAUGAAGUUUUUACUACAGUAGUCAAUAAUGAUGGUUUCUUAUUAGUGAAAUUUUGUUGUCAUAAUGCACAGAUCAGUUCUUUAAAAACUGUAGCUAUAUGAGCUGUCUCUAGCGUGAGUGUAUUGUACAGAUGGAGUGCUUGUAAUAACUUCAGUUAGUAGACAAACUUAGUAUAUGAAGUACAAUCAAUGGUCUAAUAUUAUGAGUAAUAUAAAAAGUUGUGUCUUGAGAGAUAUUUUAUCUGUGAAAUUUUCCUAUUCAUAAUUAAACUUCUAUAUCAUAUAUAUCUUCUACAUGUGAAAAAUUGCUGAUGAUUCUAAGCUAUUAAUAAUGUAUAAAAUUCUUCAUUUAUUUGUAUAUUGAUAUAAGGGUAGAAAACUUAGUUCCUAUAUUUUAAGUAUUGUUUCCUCACAAUGUGAAUUUAUCAUGGUCCUGAUAAUCAAUAAAUCUAAAUAUAAACUAAAGUCUUAUAAAUCCAUGCUUUUACGAUUGUCAUAUGAUCUCCCUGAUACAAAGAAUUUGAGAGGCAAUGUGGGGGUUUGGGGGGUAAGGAAGGAAAAAAGGAAACA